CGUGAAUUUCACGCGUCGACGUCCAAAUUGUUAUUUGCUGUUGUCAAUGUCAACCAUCCCCCUCCCAGUUGCACAAGCCGUGUAAUAAUGCCUCGCGAGAUCAUCACCAUCCAGGCAGGCCAGUGCGGGAAUGCAAUCGGCUCCCGGUUCUGGCAGCAAUUGUGUCAAGAACAUGGGAUCUCCCGCGACGGAAACCUCGAGGACUUCGCGACCGAAGGCGGUGACCGCAAAGAUGUCUUCUUCUACCAAAGCGACGAUACACGUUACAUUCCCCGAGCCAUCCUCAUCGAUCUCGAGCCGCGAGUUAUCAACAGCAUACAAAGCGGCCCAUACAAGAACAUUUACAACCCCGAGAAUUUCUUCAUAGGCGAACAUGGAAUGGGCGCAGGGAACAACUGGGCGGCAGGGUACGCGGCGGGCGAGAGGGUCCAAGAAGAGAUUUUUGACAUGAUUGAUCGAGAGGCCGACGGCAGCGACUCGCUUGAGGGAUUUAUGCUUCUUCAUUCUAUUGCUGGCGGCACUGGUUCGGGUCUUGGGUCGUACCUCCUCGAGCGCAUGAACGAUCGGUUUCCCAAGAAGAUCAUCCAGACAUACUCGGUGUUUCCAGAUACGGCCACCGGCGAUGUCGUGGUGAAUCCCUACAACAGCCUUCUCACCAUGCGGCGGUUGACACAAAACGCUGACUGUGUCGUGGUACUGGAUAACGGCGCCUUGUCGAGCAUUGCGUCCGAAAGACUCCACGUCCAAGAGCCUUCGUUUCAGCAGACGAACCAAUUGGUCUCAACCGUCAUGUCGGCUUCUACGACGACACUGAGAUAUCCGGGAUACAUGCACAAUGAUCUGGUGGGAAUCAUUGCGUCUCUGAUACCUACACCAAGGUGUCACUUCCUGAUGACCGCUUAUACCCCCUUCACCGGCGACAACGUGGAUCAGGCCAAAACCGUGCGCAAGACCACAGUGCUAGACGUGAUGCGCCGCCUCCUUCAACCAAAGAAUCGGAUGGUAUCUAUCACGCCCUCGAAAUCUUCCUGCUACAUUUCAAUUCUCAACAUCAUCCAAGGCGAAGCCGAUCCGACCGACGUCCACAAGUCUCUUCUGCGCAUUCGAGAACGGCGAAUGGCAAAUUUCAUACCCUGGGGGCCAGCUUCAAUCCAGGUGGCGCUGACCAAAAAGUCCCCGUAUCUACCGAACACGCACCGGGUAUCGGGUCUGAUGCUCGCGAAUCACACCAGCGUCGCUACCCUGUUCCGGAGAAUAGUGAUGCAGUACGAGAAAAUGCGGAAAAGAAAUGCCUACUUGGAGCAGUACAAGAAGGAAGCCCCAUUUUCUGAAGGGCUCGCCGAAUUCGACGAAGCAAAGGAGGUUGUGAUGGGCUUAAUUGGUGAAUAUGAGGCGGCGGAGAAGGACGAUUAUCUCGACCCAGAGGCUGGAGAAAAGAAAGCUGAUGGUGCUUAAGUUGGCAAGUACAGGCUGAAAUUCUGACCAAAGUCUCAAGAGUCAUGAGCGUUGAAUUAUGGCCCAAGGGCGAGACAUGUUAGCAUCUAUGACGACCACAAUCACCCACCAAGAUGACAACAGCAUGUGGGACGGAUAAUCGAAACCACCUUUCGAAACGCAUGUAGUCAUGUUUCAAGCUUGGUUGACGAGAACAAGGAUGUUUCCCGCGCAGCAGAGUACAGUGGUGGGCCGAUGUCGCAUAUUUGGGUCGUUGGGCGAGCCAGACUCCAGCUUACGCUUCUGACGGACAUUUCCCUUUGACACUCCGGGAUUGGACCGACCAGGCAAAGAGGCCGCCGCCAGGACAGUGGGAACAUGCAGGGUCCAGAUGCAGGUGCAGAGCGAGCAUGGCCAGGAACUUCCGGACUGUCCCUUCCAGCACAUGACCGGAAAAUUAUCAGCUGGAAGAACACUCUACUUGUUUGUGACCUGUUCGGAAGGUUAUUCCAUGAUAACGGCAGAUGCCGUUCGCAUAAGAGGCCUGGAACCAAAAGUGUGGCAGCCAUAGAUACGACGUUUGUCCCUCAUGCAGCCACACAGACGGGAUCUGAAGGAGAAGCAGAUGCGAUAUCGCAUGCCGCAUUUGGAGGAAGCCAACCAGACCGCCUUGGAGAUGCCCAGACUAAUGAAAGCUGCAUACCAAGUGAGGAAAGCCGCGUCGCAGCUAGCUACAGGUGCCAACAAUGCAAUUGUGUUUAAGGAAGGUAGGUGGUUGGCCAGACUCGCAAAGUUAUUGUUGUCCAUGUGCAAAGCCGUUCUGCUGGUUGCGUGGGACUCCACGAUUCUGGAAGGUCAGCAUUGACAAUAACAAGCGCACGGGCAGGUCAGAGACCCAAGCGCUGAGACCGACGAUCUGGACCUCCAAGGGGAAUGGCCGCUGAAUGAAUUGAGUUGUCUGAUUCCGUCACACCGGCCGGGUCUGGCGGCUCGAAAGGGGAGAAGGAACAGGCUUAAGAAAGCAAGACAAGGAGGACUAUUCGAUUGUGUACGGCAGGGCAGAACGAGAGGACGGCGUACGUAUCUGCAAACAGGAGACGCCAUAGCUAAGGACGGGUAGAUGAAGCUGCGCACCAGUUACUGCCAGUGACUUCUCCGUGGUUGGCUCUGGGACUUGGUUGAUUUCCUGAGCUUGUGGCUUCGCCCGAUACGAAAACGAAUUGAGCAAUGCCUUGAGUUU